AUGGCAGAUGCAGAACAGGGAAAUCAAACCUCCCUCACAGAAUUCAUCCUCCUGGGAUUUGAGUCUAUCUCUGAACUGCAGAUCCUUCCCUUUCUGCUGUUCCUUGUGAUAUACAUUGUGACCUUGGCCGGAAACUUCCUGAUUGUUGUGCUAGUUGUGGCUGAUCAGCACCUUCACACCUCCAUGUACUUCUUCCUGGGGAACUUGUCUUGCUUGGAGGCCUGCUACACAUCCACCAUCCUGCCCAGGUUACUGACCAGUCUCCUGACUGGAGACAAGACCAUUUCUGUUGGUGGCUGCAUCACACAAUGUUACUUCAUUGGCUUCCUUGCAGGCACUGAGUGUUAUCUCCUGGCGAUGAUGUCUUAUGAUUGGUACCUAGCAAUAUGCAAACCACUGAAUUAUGCAACCCUUAUGAAUGGCAGUUCCUGCCUCCAGCUAGCAGCUGGGUCUUUGAUAAGUGCGUUGCUAGCUAAUUCCAUAGUAACUCUUAUGAUAUUAAAAUUAACUUUCUGCGGCCCAAAUGAAAUUGAUAAUUUUUUCUGUGAAUUUACACAAAUAAUAAAUCUCUACUGCAAUGACGUCUACCAGAUGGAGCUUUUAAUUACCAUUCUGUGUGCUUUAUUCACCUUGCCCCCAUUUGCUUUAACUGGGACAUCCUACCUGCGUAUCAUCUCCACCAUCUUGCGAAUCCCUUCCACCAUCAGGAAACAAAAAGCAUUUUCAACCUGCUGCUCUCACCUCUUCCUGGUGACAAUUUUCUAUGGGACCCUGAUCAUUUUGUAUCUGCUACCAAAAACCAACACAUACCGAGACCUCAACAAAGUGUUCUCUGUCUUCUACACAAUUCUGACUCCCAUGGCCAAUCCCUUCAUAUACAGCCUGAGAAACAAAGAGGUGAAAAAGGCUCUGAGAAAAAAAUGCCAGUAA